AAGGUCAGCGAAGAAGGAUCUAAGGGUGAAAUCACUUUGGAUUACUACCAACCGAACCAAGCUAGCCAUCUAAGGCAAGGAAAGAAUCAACGGUUUUUCAGAUGCCAACCAAACCAGGGGAUUAGGAUCAUUCUGGAAGCAAGCUUCACUGCAUUAU